GCUUUCGAUGUUUAAGGCGGGAUCUUGCGUCGCUUCUACAGAGCGUUGACUACCCAGCCCAUCGUUGCAUAUCCUUAUCUCUCGUCAACAAACCUCCUUUGGCACCGAGUUAGCUGGAUAUAAUUAUAGCAACUCCAUUGCCAUCAUGGGAUCUAUCGAUAUCAAUCUUCAAUUCUCAGACAACCCUAUCCCAGGUCACAGCCCCAUUGAGUGCAUAGACCUUCACACCUCCGGCCAACCAGCACGCAUCGUGGUGCGAGGCUUCCCGCUUCUCCAGGGAACUCUACUUGAGCAACGGUCGCAAGCACGAAGCAAAUAUGACCACCUACGCUCACGGAUUAUACUCGAACCUCGCGGACACGCGGCCAUGUUCGGGGCCAUUCUGUGUCCACGGACAGAGUUGACAGAAACCGGCGAAGCACACAUGGGAGUGCUAUUUAUGCAUAACUCCGGAUUCUCAGAUAUGUGUGGCCAUUGUACCAUUGCCGUGGCCAGGUGCUUAGUCGACAUGCACGACAAAAGCAUUUUCCCACAGCGGCGAGAAUUAUGCUAUGAUACGGCAACGCAGAGUGUGGAGAUUAAAGUACACACACCGACUGGAAUCGUCAGGGUGGUGGUGCCAACACUUCCAGGUGGAUCACGAAGUGACCCUUCACGACCGGUGGCAUUUUUUUCUGUCCCAGCAUUCGCUGCGGCUCUUGGCCUUCGUGUUCCUAUCCCCAUCGAGAACCGCUGGCCAGAACUUGGCGGCAGACAAGACGUCGAGCUAGAUAUCGGAUACGGCGGCGCGUGGUAUGGGCUUGUGAAGUGCCAAGAUUUGGGCUUCGCUUCGGGGCUACGUCAACCCGAUCUCGAAGCAUUGGAGCGAGCGAAUAAGCAACUCACGAAAUCGCUUUCGGAGUUUCUCAAUCACACCCACAAUCUGUCGGAGUCAGUGCCAGCUAGAUUAGGAGAAGUUCAAGUGCGAAGAGUCAUGAUCACAGACGAAUACGUCGUCCAAGACGCGGUGUUUGAGGAGAGGAGCGAGGCAGGCCUGUUAUUCUACGAGAGCGAGCAGAUUGAUCGUUCACCAACGGGCGGCUGCGUUGUGGCUCGGGUGGCGGUGGCAUACGCAAAAGGGUUGAUACAGCUACAUGAAAGAAAACUGUAUCAUUCGCUUUUGUCUCUUGCCUACCAAGGCGAAGGCGCGUUUCUGGGCACCCCAGUGGAGGAAGUGAGCUUGAUUGACAGCAAAGACACCCCUUCUGUUGCAGUUACGGUAAAGGUUGAGGGGAAAGCGUAUUAUACUGGGCAAUCCAGAUUUAUUAUCGAAGAUGGAGAUCCAUUGUUAAAUGGCUUCGCGUUCAAGUCAGUCAUAAAAUAAUGGAUGUUUAAUUU